AUGCACGAGUCUGCUGGAUCGCAAUUCAUCAAGAAUGUUAAGACGACAGGCUACGAUGACUGCAUCAACCAGUGUACCUUGACAAACAAUUGCCAAGCGUUCCGCUACGUCUUUGGUGACUACAACGGCGAAAGUGCUGGCGAUUGUAAACUUUAUGGAAGUGGCAGUUUCUCCGAAACAAAGUGCGCAAACACGCUACACGACUGGGCCUACUUGACUGAUCCUCCGGUGAUUGAGGUCGAGGAGACCGUGCGAGCAGCAUGCUCUACUGAGUGCCCAGAUGCAGAUGGUCAAAUCUAUACCGCCAAAAACAAACAGGUGUUCCACUUGGAUUGCCAGAAGCGUCAUGGCACGGCUUGGUUCCAUAAACUGGAUGCUAGCUCCUUGAAGGAAUGCACGGAGUCCUGCGCCUCUGUCAUCGGAUGCCAGAGUGUCGAUUACCACAAGCGUACCAAGAAGUGCUACCUGGGCAAACGUACUUCCCAGCCCACCCUCUCCGCCCCGGGAUGGGCUACCGCUUAUUCUCUUGGUUGCACGGGAGCAUGCACUCAGGAUUCCUGUGUUAAUGCCUGUGGCUCAAAUGCUCCUCCGGCCGACAUUACCCCUACACCGGAGCCGGAACCGGAACAGGAGCCCAUUGUCCCAGCCAACCCUCCCCCGCCCCCGCCUCCUAGGGAGGUGAAGUGCAACGAUGACGACAACUCGGAAGUUGACCUGGAUGGCACAAAGUACCAGAUUCGUUGUGGCAAGCAAUAUCGUGAGAACGGCAAACACGCCGCGUCUGGCGUCUCUUACACUGAAUGCUUGAAGUUGUGCAGCGCAGAUAAUACCUGCAACUCGGUGGAUUACUGGGAGCCUAAUGGUGCAAAGGGCUGCUAUCUUUUCAGCACCACCGGAGAACCAGCCUAUUCAACUGAAUUGAACUGGUCUGCCUUCAAGGCUUAA